CAAUCAUCGUGAAAUUCGUAAGCCGGACCACAAGGGAUAGGCUUUAUUAUGCUAGGAAACAUCUAAAAGAUAAAACUACUUCAGACAUUGGCUUUGGUAGAAUCUCUGAUAACAAGAUUUAUAUCGCAGAAAGCUUGACAAGUAAGAAUAAAGAAUUAUUUAAGAAAUGCCUCGAUGCAAGGCGGUCCCUCAAUUAUAAAUUCAUCUGGACGAAUCAAGGAAGAAUCUAUUUGCGAAAAAAUUCUGACACGCCUGCCGCAGAAACUAAAUACAAAGUUUCUGAAGAUAUCCAGUAUGCUAAUAGUAUGCCAGGUUAUUACCUAGUUUAUCCAAUGCAGGUGGUGUAGGUUUUUUUGUUUCUCAUCAAUUAAAUUUUCAUGUAAGAUAUGAUCUGUCAGUAUCUACAAAUGACUAUGAAUGUUUAUGGGUAAAUAUUCAGAGCAAUUUUAAUCACGAUUAAUAUGCGGGGUCAUAUAUAGACAUCCAAAUAGUGAUCUUGAAGCAUUCUUGGUAAAUUUAAACAAGGUUAUGGAUACAAUAAGUCGAGAAAAUAACUGCUGCAUUAUAGUGGGAGACUUUAAUUUAAAUUUGCUUAACUCAGAUUCACAUUCGGGUGCAGAGGAAUUUUUAAAUAGCUAUAUUGGGUUCUAACUUUUUCAGUCCCCAUAUUUUGCAGCCGACAAGAAUUACUCAUCACUCGGCUACUUUAAUUGAUAAUGUGUUUUUUAAUUCGAUUGCUCACCAUACAAUUAGUGGCAAUAUAGUGUAUGAUCUAACUGACCAUCUUCCAAAUUUCCUGAUUGUCAAUAAUUUUACCACAUUAGCUACCUAAAGGUUAUAAAAUGUAUAAAAGGAAUUACACUCAUUUCAACGAACAAAGUUUUGUUCGCGAUGUUCAGGCUAUCAAUUGGAAUUUGGAAACUUUAGAUAAUAACGUUACUAGCAUGUUUGACAAAUUCAAUUCUGAUUUAAUGAAAAUAGUUGAUAACCAUAUCCCUUUAAAGCAACUGAGUAGGAAAACUAUUAAAAAUAUGGCUAAACCCUGGAUAACACCAGGAAUCAGAGCUUCGUUAAAAAUAAAGAAUAAUUUUUAUAAACGAUAUAUAAAUACAAGGUCCCCGUAUUAUUUUUCAAAAUUCAAAUUAUAUAGAAAUAGACUAAAUCGAUUGAUCAAAAUAAGCAAAAGAGACUACUAUAAUAAUUACUUUACUAUAAAUAAUAAAAACAUGAAAAAUAUAUGCAGAGGAAUUAAACAAAUUAUAAGUACUAAACCGAGGGUUGGCGGUGGUAUACCAUCUCAAAUUAUAGAGGAAGGAUCUGUGUUGAGUGAUAGUACAUCGAUUGCACAAUCAUUCAAUAAGUUUUUUGCUAAUGUAGGAAAUAAUCUGGCUGUAUCUGUACCCUAUGAAGGUGGGUCCCCAAUAUCGUAUAUGCCGCCAAGGCAAAUAAAUAGUAUAUUUCUCUAUCCGAUAACCUCUGACAAAAUUGAAAUAGAAAUUAAUAAACUAAACUCUUCAAAAGCCGCUGGUCCUUUUAGUGUGCCGGUAAAUAUUUUAAAACUAAUUAAGGGAAUUAUUUGCAAACCUCUAGAAAUUUUAUUUAAUAGCUCUUUCCUAACUGGUUGUGUCCCGGAUUGUUUUAAAAUGGCUAGAGUAAUUCCUGUACACAAAAAAGGUUCAACUAUGCAUUGUAAUAAUUAUCGUCCGAUUUCUUUACUAUCAAUUUUCAAUAAAUUGUUAGAAAAACUUGUUUUUAAUAGAAUUAGUUGUUUCAUUGAUAAACACAAUAUGUUAUACAAUAAGCAAUUCGGCUUUCGUGCAAAACAUUCUACAUUACAUGCAAUACUUUCGAUUACUGAUCAGAUACCAACAGCUGUUGAAAAUGGUUACUACUCGAGUGGUAUUUUCUUAGAUUUAUCUAAGGCCUUUGAUACAGUUAAUCAUUCUAUUCUCUUACAAAAACUUGAGCAUUAUGGAUUUAGGGGUAUAGUAUAUGACUGGUUUGAGUCAUAUUUAUAUAAUAGAAAACAAUUUGUUUCAAUAGGAGGUGUCUCGUCAGGAUUACUAGAUGUUACCUGUGGGGUGCCACAAGGUUCUGUUCUUGGGCCUCUACUGUUUCUUUUAUAUAUUAAUGAUAUGAAAAACACUACUAGUGAUCUUGAUAUUCACCUUUUUGCUGAUGACUCAAAUCUCUUCAGCUCUGAUAAGAGUUUGUCAAGGCUGGAAACAAGGAUUAACGCUCAACUCUCAGAAGUUUAUCGUUGGCUUUGUGCUAAUAAGUUGUCCUUAAAUAUUGAAAAAUCAAACUAUAUCAUAUUUCACUCCGUCCAGAGAAAGCUUAACUACGAAAUUAAAGUCUUCUUAAAUAAUCAAAUACUUAAACGAGAAUUUAAUACCACUUACUUGGGUGUAGCAAUUGACUGUCAUUUAAAUUGGAAAUCGCAUGUGUCAAACAUAUCGAAAAAGGUUAAACGCAAUAUAGGUGCAAUAUCCAAAAUAAGGCAUUUUGUUAAUAUUGAUGUACUCAUGAACCUUUAUUAUUCCCUUAUUUACCCAUUUCUAACGUAUGCACUAAUGGUUUGGGGAAACACCUAUGCUUCAUCUAUCGAUCCUUUGCUUAUUUUGCUGAAAAAAAUAGUUAGAUUAAUGACCUUUUCAAAUUUUUAUGACCAUACAGAUCCUUUAUUUAUAAAAUUAAAUAUAUUGAAGAUGCAUGAUCUUGUCUUCUAUUGGAAUGCAGUAUUUAUGCAUGAUUUCUAUAAUGGAAACUUGCCAGAAAUAUUUCAUACUUUUUUUACUUCUGUAAAAGAAAAACAUAAUCAUAAUACCAGAUUUGCUUCAAGAUUGACUUAUUCUAUUCCAAAGAUAAGAACAAAUUAUGGGAAAUUUAAUAUACGCUUUUCGGGCGUAAAGGUAUGGAAUGAAAUAAAGAAACUUCCGAACUCAAUUUUUUAGAACAAAUGUUUUACUGUAUAAAAAUGAUAUUUUCAUAAAUAUAUCUUAAAAGCAGCGGGAACAUAACUCAAAGCGUAAAGGUACCGCGACUUAAUAUUUUCCUGAAUACUUCUUACAUUAUUUUAUUGUUUGUUAAUUUUACAACUUCAUCAUAUUUUGCAUGCACUGGCUAAUAUUUAGUGAAAAUUUGAUGAAAAUUAGACUGAUUUUGAGCGCGCAGUAGCGAUUUUUCACAAAACGCCAAAAAGGGUGCCCUGUAACCUUAAGAAGAACUAAACCCUUUGUUCCUUUGCGUUAAUUCCUUAAAGAUAUUAUACAAAGCAUGGAUUUGGCCAUAUUUUGAUUAUUGCUCCCCUUUGUGGGAUACAUGCGGGAAGGUCCAUAAAGAUAAAUUACAGGUGCUCCAAAAUAGAGCGGCGCGAGAUAUAACAGGAGCAAGAUUUGAUGUCAACUAGGCAAAUGUACUGGAGGAUCUGCAAUAGUCCACGCUCGAUGUAAGACGUCAUAGGCUGAAAAGCGUUUUGAUGUACAAAAUUCCUAUUUAGCAGUCCGCCCAAAAUCUUAGAGAAAAAUUUAUAAAAAUUAAAGAUCUUAAUAGAGAAUAUAAUCUUCGAAUAAUACUACUGAUCCAGCACUUCCAAAACCUAACACAAAGUUGACUAUCUUACACGAACUUGUAAGUACAGUGGUCGAAUAUUUUUCCUUCUGAGGCGAAAAAGGCAUCCUCGCUUUAAUGACCAAUUUAAAAGCAGUAUGUCCAAUAUACCACAGAGACCCAGGGACUAUAGGAUGUGACUUAAGAUUAAGUAUAUUUGAGAUACAGACGAUUUCAAAAGUAUAAGAAUUUCUGAUACUUUGGACUAACAGUCUCUGCAGUUUUAACUUUUAAAUAUAUUCGAGGUAUACAGUGUUUCAGAAAUCGUUGGUAUAUUUCGGAAAUUGUAUAUUUUAAUUGGAGCAUCUCAUUGUCUUUAAAAUUUUAUGCUGCUUGAUAAGGUGCAUCUAUAUUUUCGCAUUUCCAAGAUAAUGUAUUGUAAUUUGCUUAUUCGUAAUUCUUGGUAGUCCGUAUCCUCUAUUUUUGCAGAAAAAAAUUCAAGGUCGGCAAGAUUUUUUGAAAACGAUUGUUUAUGUUGACGAGUGUUUCUAUGGAAACAGUUUUCGCGCUUUAAGCGUGAUUUUGCAUCAUGCUUUUUUCUCAAAUAUCAAUUUUUUUGACUUAUUUUACAGAUAGUACAAAGCCAUUCAAACAUUUUUAAAACGUUUUUUUAUAUUUUGCGGAAAACUAGCACAAAAUCUGCAAAAUGAGAGGAAAAUAGCCAAAAAAAUGAAUUUUGGAAAAUGCAAAGAUAGUUUGGAACGCGUUUAAAUCAGUAUCGCUAUUUCUACGAUUGUAUGUAUUAUGUCUUUCAUUAUUAACUUGAAAUGAGAGAUAGGGUGAGGUGUGGCUAUUCAGAAUUUUAUGGAUGAAAAUAGAUUUAGAUAAUUUCGUCUUUCUUCGAGAGGUUUCCAAAUUAGAUUAUCGAGUAACUCAGAUGACCGAAUACCGUAAGUUGCCCAAGUAAUUACUCUUACAGCACGAUUUUGGUGUUUUUGCAAUCUAUCUUUGAGCCCAAUUCCGCCAUUAUCCCAUAAGGGGCUGCAAUAAUAGAAAUAAGGCUGUAUAAUAGCAUUAUAUAGCGUAUUGGUUGUCGACAGUAGUACAAACGACUCGUAACUUGUGAGGGGAUCAGGAACUAAAGGUUGGAACACAUUUAUGGGUGACAGAAAACUUUGAUUGAUUGUAUUGACAAGAUUUGAAACAGAUACGUCGACGUCUUCGUCUAGGGGAGGAUUUAAAAGAUGUCGAAAAUCAUUACACUGGAUGAAAAAUUAGAUUUCGCACACCUUUGACCACAUUUGCGCACAUGCAAAGUUAUAAAUUGGUUUCAUGUUGCACUAUGUGCCGGAUUGCAAAUACCACGAUGCCACGCAUUGCCAAUUGAUGCGAAGAUUGUGUCGUUUUUUAUAUUUGCAGGUAAUUCGAAUUUGUGGCGAAUUUUGUACGAAUAUAGAGAUCGCAAAAUAAUUGCAUAUGAUGCGAUUACUGAUUCAUUUUAUUACUUGCAGUAAAUGCGAAUUUGUUGCCAAAUUCUUGCCAAUUUGACAAAUGCGUAUUCAUAUGCCAUAUAUUUCAUGCAUUAUACUAUAACAGUUACGUAUUAAAUUUGAGCGAUAUCGAUUUUGCAAAUUUAGUGAAAUUAAUCACGUACUUUUGAAUAGGCCAGCAAUUUUAAAUAUUGAUUACAACUAUCUUGAUUUCGCCACAAGUGUAAUUCGCAACUGUAAUUGGAAGUUUGCUGCCAUUUUCUUAGGAUAUUCUCAUGGAUUGGUUGUUUCCUGGACCACUUUAGUACUAAAUAAUGUAAGAUACAGUACAAUGGGGACUCCGAAAAAAUUAUGAUUCUAGGUUUCGACAAAUCUGUAUGGUCAUCCUGGAAACGUAGAAUUUUAAAAAAUAUUUUUAAAAAUUUCGGAGCAUCCAUUGUAUUUCAUUUGAUCAAAAAUAAACAAGGUGCAGUUGCUUUAUAUUAUUUAUAUUUAUUGAAUAUAUACAGUUACAGUGGAAUCUUCAUUCAAUCCGUAAGUCAAUAUUGUCAUCAAUGCAUUAUACUGUAUAAACAUUAAAAUAUCUUUGCAAUUAUGGCCUUUGUCACCCUAAAUUAAAUCCCCACACACACGAGCAAUUUUUCCUUGAGAAGUUUAUUUUCACGACAAACAUUUUUUUUAUCAAUUUUUCGUGACCACUAGUUUUAUUAACACAAGAGCAAAUAAAACUUGUCAAGAAAAAAUUGCUCGUCUGUGCGUCCCGCAUUGGUUAAAUUGAAGUCCAAAUAUCUUGCAGAAGAAAGUAGCUAUAUGCAAAAAUUAAAUUAAGUCCCAAUACUUAACGGACAAAGUUCAACAAUGUCUAACAUGAGUAAAAGUUUUCUUCAGUCAUACCUAAAUCAAAAGGCAAGAGAAAAUUAUUAAAACAAAUGUGUUAGAUUAACUAAAAUCAGAAGGUAUAGCUCAAAUGGCAGGUCAAACGCGCGUUAAUGCUGAGACAAUCGCUAGUUAAUGUCAAUACGCGCGUUAAUGCUGAGACUCAUCGCGAUAAUACAAAAUGGCGGAAAGACGCUUCUCUAGAUUGUCUACCAUUUUAGUCGUAUUUUUAUCUCUAUUUUUGCUCGUGGAGUCUUUUAAACCUUGUCGAAGGUUAGUUAAAGGUGCCUCCUGUCUAAUGUGUGCACUUAAACUGGAUAUCAAGCAGUUUCCAACAAGAAAUACGCCUGGUCUACCGAGACAUUCUCCUUCCACUACUAAAGCCAGCCUGCCACCAUCAUGUAAAUUGAAAGUUAGUUUACAUUUGCUGAAAUUAUCUAUGGUCGCUUCCUCGUUAGUUCUUUUAUCUGGCGAUGUGAGUUUAAAUCCUGGUCCUUAUGCAGAUGAUCUGCCAAAAGCUCGUGGCUUCAAAGUGGCUCACCUGAAUGUACGAAGCUUGGUAAAUAAACUGGACGACAUUAGUCAUCUCGUAAGAAGUAAAUCGUUCGAUAUUUUCUCAGUUUCUGAGACUUGGCUCAAUCCCACUAUAUUGGAUACUGAAAUUGACAUUCCUGGCUAUACGUUAGUAAGACAUGACCGCAAUGGCAAACGAGGUGGUGGAACAGCGAUUUUUGUUCGAGAUGGCAUUCCCUAUAGACACCUAACGGACUUGUUUGACGGGGUAAACGAAGCUUGCUGGAUUGAAAUAAACCGUGCUAAAUGUAAAAAGUUAAUCGUUUGUUGUGUGUAUAGACCGCCAGAUUAUUGCUGUGACUCCUUGAUUGACUAUUUUAACACAUCUCUUUCAAAAUUGCCUGCUGAAACUGAAGUUAUAAUUCUGGGAGAUUUUAAUGCCGAUUUCUCAGCCGAGAAGAAUACUGCCGCGUAUAAAGCAAAGCAGAAGUUACAAAGAUUUGCAAACCUGAAUGAUUUUGAACAAUUGAUCAAAACUCCCACUAGAAUUUGUAACCAGACGAGAACUCUGAUUGAUUUAGUUUUUGUCAAUAAUAGUCAUCGUGUUGUUGAAAGCGGAGUCAUUCACUCGGCAAUUAGCGACCACUCUAUUGUUUAUUGCACUAUAAAAUCUGGUGUUCCCAAAGCUCCUCCAAAAACAAUUGAAUAUCGCUCUUACCGCACUUUUGACAAGAACUCUUUUAUUCAAGAUCUUAAGUCAAUUGACUGGGAUAUAAUAGACGAAACUCAAGAUUUAGAUGCUGCUGUCGAAACAUGGAAUACACUCUUUUCUGAUGUUGCUGAUAAACAUGCACCUAUUAAAAGGAGCCGCAUCAAAGGAACCAAAACACCCUGGUUGACGGCUAAACUUAAAGACGCGAUGCGAGAUCGUGAUUACCAUCAUAGAAAGGCUAUUAAAAGUAACUCUGAAUUUCACUGGAACAUGUACAAAAAAUUAAAAUGCCUUGUUACCAAACAAGUUAAGAAGAGUAAAGCCGAUUAUUAUCUCGAAUUAAUUAACAGAAACAAAAGCAAUUCUGGUGGGCUAUGGAAAAUACUCAAUGAAAUUACAUCACGUAAAUCCACAUCGCCAGUCACUUGUAUUGAAGCGGACGGCGUAACCUACACGGACUCACAAUCCAUUGCUGAAGUCCUGAAUGAUUAUUUUUCUUCUAUUGGAUCGAAACUCGCUGCUAGGAUAACUCCUGGUCUAAAUUACAUCUGGAAAAACCCUUCUUUGACUGUUGAUGCUAAUCCUGUUAGUGGUUUCAACUUCCAACCUGUAGGAAGCGUUUGUCCGUACAGAAUUAAAUCGGCUAAAGACCAACAAAGCCAUAGGACUUGACAAGAUUAGCGCGCGUCUUCUAAAGGACUCUGCCUCAUUAAUAGCACCAGUUUUAACAAAGUUGUUCAAUAGGUCAUUGGAGUCGUCGAAAUUCCCGUCGAUCUGGAAAUUUGGUAAAGUCACUGCUUUAUUUAAAUCUGGAGACAGAUGCGAUUCUGGAAAUUAUAGACCGAUCACUAUUCUACCCACGGUCAGCAAAGUCUUAGAGAAGGUUGCACAUCACCAAGUUUACAAAUACCUUGUGGAUGAAAAGAUUCUAUCGCCAGUGCAAUUUGGUUUCAGACCAAAUCUAUCAACCGAAGUCGCUUUGAUACAUUUUACUGACUCGAUUCUUGAUAAUAUGGACAAAGGCGCUGUCACUGGAGCAGUCUUUUUGGACCUAUCAAAGGCCUUUGACACGGUGAACCAUUCUAUACUAUUUUCAAAAUUAUCGAAGGCUGGAUUUACUGAUGCCACUAUAACAUGGUUCAAAUCAUACCUAUAUCAGAGAAUACAGGUAACAAGAGUGGAUAAUGCUACCUCUUCUGCAAAGUAUGUCUCAGUUGGAGUUCCACAAGGGAGUGUCCUUGGACCACUCCUAUUUAUCCUUUACGUGAACGACUUGCCGUCUUGUAUUAAGAAGUGUAAAGUGACUAUGUAUGCAGAUGACACGGUUCUUUAUUUCUCUUCCUCUACGUUGUCGGAACUUGAGGAAAAUUUGAAUGCUGACCUUGAAAUCCUUCGCAGAUAUUUAAAUGACAAUCUUUUAACUUUGAAUGCUGAGAAAAGCAAAUUUGUAAUCUUCGGCAGCACGCGUAAACUCAAUUCAUUCCGUGAGUUUUCAUUAGAGAUCAACGCACAUAACUUGGAACGUAGAGACACCUUCAAAUACCUUGGCAUUAAACUUAAUCAAAAUAUGUCUUGGUCGGACCAGAUUGAUGCCCUUAGCAAAAAAGUCAGCCAACGACUUGGAGUUCUGCGUCGUGUUAAGUAUUUGCUGCCUCUACAUGGUCGUUUGGCGAUAUAUAACAGUCUCUUUUUACCGUUAUUUGAUUAUGCAGAUAUUGUGUGGGGGGACAAGAACAAUAAAGUCCUAAUGCAUAAUCUCCAG